GUUGUCAGGCAAAAUAUAAGACAGCAGUAAGAGCAGAGAUCUGCAAUAGAUAAACACACAGACUCACACACACCAGCUGGCUUGCUCGCAGACACACCGCAAGCAAUCAAGGGACAGACACUUUAGAACGGUGGGACUGUGGCUCCGGUUUCUCUGAUUUCUUAUUUUUAGUGGGCUCAUUGUCAUCUAUCAUUUCAGUGGAAAAACGGCCGCGGAGAGAGGGAGGCAGGUGUGCCCUUUAAGAGGGGGAGCAGCUGAGGCAAGGACAGCAUCCGAGUCUCCAUCCUCUGUGGAGGUUGUGUAUUUCUGAGGAGGGCACGAAAGAAAGGCGCCCAGUCAAAGCUCACCGGUUUUCUGUUCUCGUUCCUUCCACCUGGAAUUAGGCUGCAAUGGUUGGCAGUAGUCAAAGGCCCAAACCUGUUUGAGAGAGCCCUAUGAACAGCAGAUCCAAUGGACAUCAAAGGCCAGUGUUGGACAGACGAGGAGUCGGACGGGGAGAAUGAAUCGGAACAGUUCCUGUAUGGCAUUCAGUGCUGCUUGUUGCAGGGAAGCUGUGCCGCUGACCUGUACCGUCACCCUCAACUGGAUGCAGACAUCGAGGCUGUAAAAGACAUCUACACUGACAGUGCUGUCUCUGUCAGGGAGUAUGGAACCAUUGAUGAUGUGGACAUCGAUCUUCAUAUUAACAUCGGUUUCUUAGAUGAGGAGGUUGCGACAGCUUGGAAAGUUAUCAGAACAGAGCCCAUUAUUCUGAGACUACGCUUUUCUCUUUCUCAGUACCUCGAUGGACCUGAGCCAUCAGUAGAAGUGUUCCAGCCUUCAAAUAAAGAAGGAUUCAGCCUGGGCCUGCAGCUCAAAAAGAUCCUGAGCACGUUCACCUCACAGCAGUGGAAGCACCUCAGUAAUGAGUUCCUCAAGGCCCAGCAGGAGAAGAGGCACAGCUGGUUCAAAGCUGGAGGAACCAUCAAGAAGUUCCGUGCCGGUCUCAGCAUCUUCUCCCCCAUCCCAAAGUCUCCAAGUUUUCCUCUGAUCCAAGACACAGUUUUAAAAGGGAAGCUGAGUGUCCCUGAGCUGAGAGUGACGCGCCUGAUGAACCGCUCCAUCUCAUGUACCAUGAAGAACCCGAAAGGGGAACUCUUCAGCUAUCCACCAAAUAGCCAGACUGUGGCUGUCCCGGCGGCCAGGGCCCCUGCGCAGAUUACCACGAGGCAGCUGAUUGAAUUGUUUUUCUCAUCCCAGGCGGGCGGCCACUGCAAGAACAUCCCUACCUUGGAGUACGGCUUCUUAGUGCAGAUAAUGAAGUAUUCAGAACAGAGGAUCCCCACGCUUAAUGAGUACUGUGUGGUCUGUGAUGAGCAGCACGUCUUUCAGAACGGAUCCAUGCUGAAGCCGGCUGUGUGCACCAGGGAGCUGUGUGUGUUCUCCUUCUACACUCUGGGUGUGAUGUCUGGAGCUGCUGAGGAGGUGGCCACCGGAGCAGAGGUGGUGGAUCUACUUGUGGCUAUGUGUCGAGCUGCUCUUGAGUCUCCCCGAAAGAGCAUCAUCUUUGAGCCCUACCCAUCAGUCGUCGAUCCCAAUGACCCCAAGACUCUGGCCUUCAACCCAAAGAAGAAGAAUUAUGAAAGACUGCAGAAAGCACUGGAUAGUGUUAUGUCCAUCCGAGAAAUGACCCAGGGUUCAUAUCUGGAGAUCAAGAAACAGAUGGACAAAUUGGACCCACUGGCCCAUCCCCUGCUACAGUGGAUUAUUUCCAGUAACAGGUCUCAUAUCGUCAAGCUGCCUCUCAGUAGGCAACUGAAAUUCAUGCACACCUCCCACCAGUUCCUGCUGCUCAGCAGCCCCCCAGCCAAGGAAGCUCGUUUUCGCACUGCCAAGAAGCUUUAUGGCAGCACCUUCGCCUUCCAUGGUUCCCAUAUAGAGAACUGGCACUCUGUUCUGAGAAAUGGACUAGUCAAUGCCUCUUACACCAAACUGCAGCUGCAUGGUGCAGCGUAUGGAAAGGGCAUCUAUCUGAGCCCCAUCUCCAGCAUAUCUUUUGGAUACUCAGGAAUGGGGAAAGGACAGCACCGCAUGCCCACCAAAGAUGAACUAGUGCAGCGUUACAACAGGAUGAACACCAUACCACAGAGCCGCCCAAUACAAUCAAGGUUCCUUCAGAGUCGAAACUUGAACUGCAUUGCUCUUUGUGAAGUUAUCACAUCCAAGGAUCUGCAGAAACACGGUAACAUCUGGGUGUGUCCAGUAUCCGACCACGUCUGUACUCGCUUCUUUUUUGUGUAUGAAGAUGGCCAAGUAGGAGAUGCUAACAUCAACACCCAAGAGCCUAAGGUGCAGAAGGAGAUCAUGCGUGUGAUUGGGACCCAGAUCUACUCGAGCUAAUGGAGGUUCACCAGCGGCGCUUGGAUACAUACGUCUCUCUGGUGGAGGCACAAAGGCAGGAAGACAGUUAGAGCGAAUGUUUGGGUGAGCUGUCCUCAGGCCUGAUACUGAGGGACGAGGCAGCUCUUUCAGCACAUUAUUUCUGAAGAUGUUUUGUUCUGGUCUUCUCGUUUCCCUCUCCCUCUUUUGUUCCUCUCCUUGGAAUAGUUGCACAUCACAUGUUCAUUUAACCUUCAGUUAGGUUUAAUCUGGUUAAAGUCUGCUUUUCUCUGUUCAUGGCAUUUACAAAACACAGAUGAAGACAAAAGUAGUCACUGGAAUUGCUAUCUACACACACACACACGCACACACACAUGCACACACUCCUCUGAACUUGGGUUGACUGUGCUUUCUCCUUUUUUUAUGCAGCAAUUUUACUGAUCCCUUGGACUAAUUAUCUCCAUUUAUCAUUUCUCUUUGUGAAUAUAUAAUUAAAAAAAUAGUCAUUCCAACUAAUAAUAGAUCCCUUUGUGGCAAAUAAGUGAUGGAUUUCCAUGCACAUAGAAGUUUGUUCUGGUAUUGUGUUUGCACAGCCAUUAUCUCUCAUCACCGUAUUCAAUAUUCUUUAACUAAUGACAUGACUUAAGGUCUGUGACACGGUUAUCUGAGGGGCAAGCAGUACUCUGUUGUUUUGUCCUUGUCCACUGGAUAAAGCAUAAGGAAUCUAAGAAGCUGGGUGUGGCUUGAACUCAAGUUACAUUCACUAUGAGCACUUUGUUUUUGAUGACAUUAUGUAAAAAUCCAGUAACAAACAUUAUGAUUUUUCACUGUAGAAUUAGGAUAGUUUUGACUGAUGAUGCACUUUUAUAAACCUUACAGCCCCCAAAAAACAAAUGAACAGGAUUUUUAGAAGUUUUCAUUUGACAGGACUGAAGUGCAACAUUGCAGGCUUCAUGACAACAAUUUCCUUAAAAAUCCAUUCCGUGAAUAUUUUUGCUAUUAACAUUUUUUUAAAAUGAAGGCCUGUAAUGUAAAAGGGCUGGCAUUACUACUGAUCUCACUGAGAAUCAACACCCAACAGCUUUUUGCCACUUUUAAAUUUCUUUCAUGUUUUGGUGCUGAGGAGAGCUUCUUCCUCUCGAUUCCACUUCACACUUUAGAUUAAGUGGAUAAUAUUUUGUAGUUUUCAUCUGUUGUAGGUUUUCAAAGUUUUGUCUAAGUCUCAUGGGAUAUGCAGUUCUUGAAUGCUAACUAAACAGUUGGUAAAAGUGUAUCAAGGCCCAAAUGCAGUAUGUAUAUUUUAGUGCCACUCCAAAAUGGUCAAAAAUUCCGUGAUUGAGAAUACGUCAGAUUUGCCCCUCAACAACAGUAAUAAAAACACAUAUUGAUAAAAUAUACACAGGACUAUCCUCUCACUCACUAAAAUAAAAAAAAAAAUUAAAAAAAAAACAGAACAGGUGAAUGGAUUUAGUCUGUGAAUAUGUUACAUCUGCUACUUAUGUUCUCUGUUUAAAAAAGAAAACACAAUCUGUCAUGUAUCAUCAUUUUAAGUAGUCUUCUCUACUUAAAAUCCAGUGGAGAGAAGUUAAUUUCAAAAUAAACCUCUUUGAGUAAAAACUGCACUGACCACUGGAUGCAGAAAGAACAAAAUCCACUGUACAGAAAAUCAUGAACAAUUUUCCAAAACUAUUUACAGAAAGUAUCCAGUCCGGAUGAGCUCACAUCCUUCUCACCUCAAAACUAAUGGACCCUGGAUAUUAUAGAGGUGCAUUAACGUGCAACUUUUUGGUUUCACCUUGGAGAAUGGCAACCUUGUAUAGCUAAUCAAGUUUAUCAGUUAGUCAUGUACUGUAUGUAUGUAUGUAUGUAUGUAUGUAUGUAUGUGUGACUUUGUAUUUUCUUGACAUUAUACUAGACAUUGCACUUACUCAACGUUUGCCUAAACUGGAGAAAUUGACUGUCCUCGGACCUGCAUUAGACGGGCAGUGGAGGAAAGAAGUGAUAAAAUAAAUAUUUAUGGAGUCAGCAAGACUAUAAUAUCCAACAUCCUAACUAUGUCUGUACUAAGAUGGGCUGUCAUUGUCUCCUGGAACUGGAACCCUUCACUAUUGAAUGGACUUUGAGGCACUGAAAGGAAAACUAAUUGUAAAUAAGGACAUUGGAGACCCCAUUGAAAUGUAUUGCCCAGCAAGAGAUGGACAUGUACAGCUGACCCAUUGUGUUGUGGGACUCUGCUAAUAGCUGAUGCCUGUUUUAGUCAAGCGGCUUGAGCAGCGAGUCUCCUUGAGAAUCUAUUCUCUCGCUGUCUGUCUCUGGUGAGUAAUGUUUUCAAAGAUGAUGUUGACGACAAUGAUGGUGAUUAUGAUGAAGAUGAAAGGCGGCGAUGCAGGAGGAAAAAAAAGAAUAAAGCCUGAUUUUGCACAGUUUUA